GGGGUGGCAUUGUAUGUAUCCAAAUCACAGAACACCAUUUCAUGGCAUAAAUAACAACUGUAGGCUGCCUGAGAAUGUUUAUGCUUGUGUGUGUGUGUUUGUGGGGGGGGGCAAGAGAGAGGCCAUGGUACACAAAUGGGGAAUUCAUACAGACUCCAUUGAUCAGUUAAUCAAAGGAGAGGGGAAUUUGCAUGUGAAGAAAGGGAGACAGGAAGGAGGAUGGGCCUCUCAGCGUAGGCAUGACCACAGCGAGGAGGCGCUGAGGGGGAGGGGGACUUCCAGGGUGGUGUUUUCUGAAGCAGACGGAAGAGGAAGGGAAGGGGCAGCGAGGGGGGUGGGGGCUGGCCAGGCGCUGUCAACACACAUACGUACUAUGGCCUGCGGAUGGGCCGUGGUCCGGCCCUGCAGAGCACCGGUAGCUGCAGCUGCGGUGUAAGUAGCCUGCAUGGUGCCGGGUUGGUGAUAUGCAGACAGGCUUGGAGGUAGACUGACCAUUAGUGGCAUUUCGUAAAAAAGCAGAAGGACGGGACAGCAGGGAAGCGAGGGGGAGAAGUGAGAGGGCACAUCUUAAGGGCCCGUCAGAAUGCACCUCAGCCUCGAUACAGAGAUUUCAGGAUGUGAAAAAGGAGGCUUGAAAUUCAACUGAAAAAUCGCCCCACGCCAGACUAAGCGGCCGGCUGAAUUCGCUGCUCUCUGAUGCCACCUUUCGGCAUCGAGGGACUUUGGGACGAGCGGGAUUUCCAUCACACGCUGACGCAAUCUUGUUGCGUCAGCUGAGGCCGUGUUUUUUUCACGCGCGUUGUACAACCACUGGCACCGGUGCCAGGGAACCACAUUCAGAUACUCUUGAAGAAGCCUGCAGUCACAUGCUGAGAGCAUGCAAGCCACAGUCAGGUGAGUGAGCGCAACUCAGAGUGCCCCAACCCUGUGUCGGCCAUUGUUCGCAUUUACUACGGUGCAAAUCGGGCACAAGAGGUUCAAAGGUAAAAGAGUAGCCCAGGGACAGCCCUGUACUGUGUUAAUCCCACGUCUGAUGCCAACAGCAGACCUAAAUGCAGGACUGCCUGAGUUAGGAGGAUUCCAAGGACCCUUGAGUGACAGGUACCCUAAAAAGUUUGGAACAUAUUUAAAUUUGUCUGGAUUGGAGGCCCAGUAUAAUAUAAUUUCAUGGGGCCAAAAAUCUCACCCCUGCCUGUACCUUUAUUGAUGGGGCCUCGUUUUACAGUUGUGGGAAUCUAGUGACCUUUGACCCCUGUCCCACUCCAGGAAGGCCUGUAAGGAGGGCAUGGCUGGGCCGAAAUGUCGGCAGAGGUGCAUGACUUGUCCAAGUCCCUCGGACAUCCGGCAGGCGCUGCAGACAACCGACACUGGGGUGCUGAGUCACGCCAUCAGCCUAGAGGAGCUCAUCCAAUGCUGCCUGCACUGCUUCGACUCAGAUGGCAGACUGUGCAGGGGAGGAGACCUGGUUCACAUGACCCUGAUGAUGCACAGCUGGGUGGUGCCUUCGCACACAUUUGCACGCACGCUGCUCUCCCUCUAUAAGGAGUGUCCCGCAGAGAGGAAGACACAGCAACGAUCUCAGGUCUGCCACCUCAUCAGGCACUGGAUCAGCCUAUUUCCUGCAGUGUUCAAGACUGACACCCAGCUGGAGCAGGUUAUGCAGGACAUGUGUGACCUGGUGAGGACAGAGGGGGAGGAGUCUCACUGCAAGCUGCUCAACACCUCCUACCUGGACCCCCCUGUGAACUCGUCCCAGUGUCCAUCUCCCAGCUUGAAGAAGAGGAAGGUCUCGCUGCUUUUUGAUCACGUGGAGCCGGAGGAGAUUGCUGAGCUGCUCAGUUACCUGGAGUUUGAGCACUUCUGCAAGGUUUCGCACCUGGACUACCGCAGCUACAUCGUGCACGGCUCAGUGCAUGGGAACCCGGCUCUGCAGUGCUCAGUCAUGCUGUGCAAUGGCGUCUCGCAGUGGGUGCAGCUCAUGAUCCUCAGCAAACACACGGCACAGCAGCGAGCCCAAGUCUUCACCAAGUUCAUCCACGUGGCUCAGAAGCUGCGGGUGCUGCAGAACUUCAACACGCUGAUGGCAGUGAUGGGGGGCCUCUGUCACAGCGCCAUCUCUCGUCUCAAAGACACAACCUCUCUGCUGCCUCCCGAUGUCACCAAGAUCCUGAACGAGAUGAUGGACCUGCUGUCCUCCAGCAGCAACUACAGCAGCUAUCGGCGGGUGUUCGGGGAGAGCAGGGGCUUCAGGGUACCCAUCCUGGGAGUGCAUCUGAAAGACCUGAUCUCCCUGAAUGAGGUGCUACCCAGCUACCUGGAGGAGGACAAGAUCAACCUGAGUAAAGUGCAGCACCUGUACAGCAACAUCAAGGAGCUGCUGGACAUCCACACCUGCACACCGCCCUUCGAGCCCAACAAGGACCUGCUGCAUCUGCUGACGCUAUCUUUGGAUCUGUACUACACUGAGGAUGAAAUCUAUGACUUGUCCUACACCAAGGAGCUCAGGAACCCCAAGGUCCAGGCCGUGGUUCCAGUUAAGCCCCCUAUUAUCGCAGAGUGGGGAUCAGAGGUGACAUUCCAACUGGAUCCAGAAACUAUCUCGAAACACGUCCAGCAAAUGGUUGAUUCAAUAAUGAAGAAUUACGACCAGAACCUGGAUGGCUACAUCUCCAUGGAGGAUUUUGAGAAAAUAGCUGCCAAUUUUCCCUUCUCCUUCUGCACUCAUGACAGUGACAGGGAAGGGGAAAUCAGUCGGGAAGACAUUACCUCCUACUUCCUGAGGGGCAUGUCCGUGUGCGCCAAGCUCGGCUUCAACUUCCAACACAACUUCCACGAGACGAGCUACAAGAAGCCGACCUUCUGCGACACCUGUGGGGGUUUUCUGUGGGGAGUAAUGAAACAGGGAUUCCGCUGCAAAGACUGCGGAGUUAACUGCCACAGGCACUGCCGGAAUCAGGUGGGCCUGGAGUGCAUAAAGAGGUUCAAGACAUCUGCGGGGUCCUGUCCCUGCACAGCCACCCCAGAUGUCAAGGCCAAAGCAAACAGCUGGUGCUCCGAGGAAGACACCUACCCGUUCCCGCAAAGCCAGGGGAGAGACACAGUUGAGGACCUCUCUAUGCCACAGAAAAAUGGAGAAAGCACUGAGCUUUUGGAAAAGUCCACCCAGACCGAGCCAGGCAUGUGGACUCCUGGGCUCCCUGAAAGCAGAGUGAUCUCAGGGUCCACUCCAGAUAAGCCCUUCCCCCAGGAAAGAGCUGUGUCUUACAUCUUCCAGGAAUUGAAGCGAAGACAGCAGCAGCUAUCUACUGCCCCCCAGAGGCCGCGGGGCUGCUCCAUGCCUCCGGCCAUCCUACUCGACAAGAUGGAGGAGCUGAACUUGCACAAGGACAAGAGCAGAGAUCAUAGUCACCACAGCACACAUCCCCCAAGCAAGCUGAACCUCUUGUAGGGUUGCCCCCUCAGCAGAACCCCAUAGCAGCACACAGGCAGCCCUGACAUCCAGCCAUGCACAGCUCUGGGUUUUACCAUGAGACCUCAAACCCAUCAGUCUGCCCCUUUUCUUGACCUGCUCAUGGGGUCCAAACUGCUUCUUCCAGAUUCAGCUCUUAGUCUGAACGUCUUCAUAGACCCCACAUAAUAUCCCUCCACUUGCUACUGGUGCAAAACCCAUUGAGGCACAGGAGGACAGCAGAGCCCCCAAACUAUGGCUCAUCACCCCAGCAUGUGUGAGAAAAUAUGGUUCAAGAAGAAACAAGAAGAUCAGGUGACAACUAUAGACCAUGACGGAAGCAGCAUUCACUAUCAAUGGCGCCCCCCACCUGUACGCCGAAUAGACUCAUAGCAUACCCAAGCAGGAGCACAGUAAAUUUGGGCCCCUUCUUCGGUAAAAUCGCUAAAGGACAAUGGCAAACUUAGGCAGCCAAAUACUCAUUAGUAUUACAACAUUGAAAUGUUUGUGUAAGAAGCGCCAUUUAUGUAAAAGGAAGAAUCUCACAGGGCUGGAAGGAAUCAAGACUUCUACUGAAUCUCAUGUUGCAGGUAGUGGUGGUUCACAGGCCCUGGGUGGUGACUGUCUGCAGUGUUGUCCCUUUCCAACUUUUCUUGAAUUAUUUCCAGUUUAAAUUUCAAAAUAUUUCUACAUUAGGCAAUAACAAAUAUUACUGUACUCUUGAAAUCCAUUAGCCUAUUAUUUUUAUCAAUGCCAUAAAAUGUCAUCAUAGAUCUAAAACUAAAAAGUGUGUUUAUAAUUCAACCUGACUAACGCUAAUAUUUAAAAAGUCAAAAUGAUGCGCAACCCACUUUAUAUGCUUAAAUUUUAUAAUAACUGACCUGUCCGCAAGUUACCGGAACAUCAUAAUACUUUGACUCGUAACCGCGGACACAUUUCUCAACGCAUCACUGGUGCACCACCAUGAAUGAGAACCUGCGGGAGACCCUGGUCACUGUAGGACAGAUCUGGGCCAAAGCCAGCCCACAGAGCAAUUUUUACUGGCCGGCAUGAUCAUUAAAAGAGAAAAUGUAACAUUUAUGUUCAAGUACCAUGAAUAUUCACAAAUAUGAUACUUCUAUUCCAACACGCAAAAAUGAGUCUCUCCAAAAAAACAAACGAAAAACUGAUUCAGAAUGUAGGUCUUUCAAAAAAAAAUGAAGGUGAAAAAAAAAAUCUAACGAGCCUAUUGUAACUUUCAUGGGACAUGAAAACGCCCCCCCACUGGCAAAGUGAAGCUCGGUUUUUUCCCAGGCCCUGCUGUAGACCAAGUCGCUGUGGACUUAUGGUCGCUGUAGUUUUCAGAUGAGGUGUCCUCUCCACACGCUGUUUCCACAGUUUUUGUAUUUUUGUUUACAAACAAAACAAAUAACAUUUUCCCUGCCUUAUUAAAUCCAGUAUAAUCUUGA